AAAUAAGUUAUUGCAUAUUUGUGUAGUCACAAUAGUUUACAACAAAUAAAAUAAUAAAAAAACAAUUGUUGAUAAUGCGUUUCAAUUAGGAGUGAAAAGAGAAAAGAGUGAUUUUAAGGAAAUACAAUUUAUUAAAAGACUGAAAAAAAAAUGACUUUCUCAGAUUCGGCUUUUACUUUUCUAAAACAACGGGUUCCAAUAGUACAAUGGGGUCCCAACUACACCACCAACAAACUAAUUUCAGAUCUCAUCGCAGGUUUUACAGUUGGUUUAACCGUAAUGCCUCAAGCUCUGGCUUACGCCACACUUGGAGGGCUAGAACCACAGUAUGGUUUAUACUCAGCGUUUGUCGGAUGUUUUGUUUACACCUUGUUCGGGAGCUGCAAAGAUAUUACCAUUGGGCCAACAGCUCUUAUGGCCUUGAUGACUUAUCAACAAGUUGUCAACAGAAAUACAGAUUAUGCGAUACUUCUUUGUUUCAUGUCUGGGAUUGUGCAGUUAAUCAUGGCUGUACUUAACUUAGGAGUCCUUGUAGAUUUUAUUUCCAUACCGGUGACUGUAGGUUUUACGUCCGCCACUUCUGUGAUAAUAGGAGCGUCUCAAAUUAAAAGUCUGUUGGGUCUUAAAAUAUCAUCAUCAGGAUUCGUCGAUACAAUUACUAAAGUAUCGCAAAAUAUACACAAGACAAAAUUCUCCGAUGCAACUUUGGGUUUUGGAUGCAUAGCAAUCCUAAUGCUUUUAAGAAAACUCAAGGACGUUCAACUACAAAACAAGAAUAAAAAACUCUUAAAAUACAUAUUGUGGUUGAUUUCCACAUCAAGAAACGCCUUAGUUGUAAUCACAUGUUCAACAGUGGCAUAUUUUUACGAAACCAAAUGGGCAGGUUCACCUUUUUUACUCACAGGAGCAGUGAAAGCCGGAGUGCCAGAAUUAAAACUACCACCUUUCGAAACCGUAGUCAAUAACAGAACGGUUGGAUUUUCCGAAAUGAUUGGAGACCUAGGCAGUUCCGUAGUUUUGGUGCCAGUCAUCGCCGUUUUAGGCAACGUUGCGAUUGCCAAGGCUUUCGCUGCCGGAACGAUAAUCGACGCGACCCAAGAACUGUUUACGUUAUCCAUGUGCAACGUGAUCGGAGCUUUUUUCUCAUCCAUGCCAAUUACGGGUUCGUUUUCGAGGUCGGCGGUGAACCAUGCUAGCGGCGUGCAGACUCCCUUUGGUGGUGUUUUUACUGGUGUGAUGGUGCUUUUAGCAUUAAGCUUUCUUACACCCUACUUCGCGUUCAUACCGAAAGCUUCGCUUGCUGCUGUCAUAAUCAGUGCGGUGAUUUUUAUGAUUGAAUACGAAGUUGUUAAACCCAUGUGGAGGUCGAGCAAAAAGGAUCUAAUCAGUACAUUUGCCACGUUUGUUUUCUGUUUAAUAAUUGGUGUGGAGUAUGGUAUUUUGGUUGGAGUUGGUAUUAAUAUUGUUUUUCUGUUGUAUCCUUCCGCCAGACCGACUGUUUAUGUCGACAAACUAAAGACUCAAUCAGGAAUAGAGUACAUAAUGAUAACACCAGGGAAUAGUUUAUAUUUUCCUGCUGUGGAUUUUAUAAAAACGAGUGUGGGAAAGGCAGGCGUAGAUUCUAAACAUUCUCCAGUCGUUGUAGACUGCAGAUAUAUUUUAGGUGCUGAUUUUACAGCAGCCAAAGGAAUUUCAGCUCUUAUAAACGAAUUUCUGAUAAGGAAGCAACCCUUAUAUUUCUUAAAUACAAGAGCUGAAGUCAUUUCGGUAUUCCAGGGCGUUUUAACUGAAGACUUUAAACAUUUUGGAAGACCGGAAGAACUAGAACAAUUCAUAGAAGAAAAUCAUAACACAUUUGAAAUGGACAGAUUAUUACCGGAGAAUCCGGUGGUUGAAUUGAAGGAUGUUUGUAUUAAUGCCGACUCUAAAUUAAGUCGUCGUCGUCCCAGUUUACAUUAAUUUUUAACCACAAACAGUAUUAUUUAUGUAAUUUAUUGUACUUACCUAAAAUAUUAUUGUAUAAUUUAACCAAUGAUUUUAAUAAAAUAUUUAAACGUAA